GCACCAAAAUGGAGAGCAGAGACCACGGCCGCGCCCUCAAGCAGCUGCCGUCAAGGACGCCGGCGGCGGGCCAUAACCUGAGCCUGGCCGGCUGCUUCCCGUGGCCGCCGCCGCAGAGGUCGCUGUCGUCGUCGUCCUACACCUGCGGCUACUGCCGGCGGGAGUUCCGGUCGGCGCAGGCGCUGGGCGGCCACAUGAACGUCCACCGGAGGGACAGGGCCAGGCUCAGGCAGUGCUGCUCGCCGGCGACGUACCCUUCUUCCCUUCCAGGCCCAAGCCUUGCUGCUCCCCACCAGCACAGGGCUCCGCUGCCCAACCUCAACUACUCGCCGCCACACUGCGCCGCCCCCACGGCCGCGGCCGAGCCAGUGAUCUACAGCUUCUUUUCGACGACGACGUCGACGGUCGCUGCGGCGGCCCUUGAGGUGAGCUUGGAGCUGGGGAUUGGAGUCUGCGGCUGCGGCGGCGAGGCCGUGGAGUUGGCGGAGGGGUUGGAUCUUGAGCUCAGGCUCGGAUGUGCCUGGGAGUGAGAUGGAGGCACUUGAUGAGUGUGUCGUUAUGAAGUGUAGUAGAUUGUAGACCAUGCAUGCAUGCCUAUAAUUAUAUGCUAGUUGUUGAUGUAGGGAAUUAACGAACGGUUAAUUGUAGCUGCUCCUAGCUAGCUGUAAAAAGCAUUUAGUAUAGCUAGGAUAAUUCUAGUCUUAUGUGUGUCGUUCUUCCUCCUCCAUGUUCGAACUUAUUAUAUGCAUGAAUGCAUGAUUGACAAGAGUUU